AUGAAUGCCGAGAGCGCAACCGACAAUGUCUGGGCUGACGCUGGCCACGCUCCGCCCGGCAAUAUCGCUUCCCAGACCAAAUCUUCCCAUGUUCCCGUCGAACCUCCUAGGGUCCCCGUCAAGCCGACUGUGCACACUAAAAACGUCACCGACGAUGAACAGCCGGUGGAGAAGAAGUCCAAUUUGAGCACAAAGAUCUACAAGGGGUGCAAGACUAUAACAGUAAAAGCUUGGCGAGCGCACCACGCACUGCUUGUAGCCUUUGGCUUCGUCUGCUGGUUGGUACUGACUCUCCUCACAGUUCACAGCGCUGCCACUGGUGUCCGUGGUAUCUUGAUGCCAUCGUAUCGAACGACGAUGCAUCGACUCAACAACAUCAAGUCCGAGCAGUCUCUCCUGCUAAGCAAGCUCGAAGACCUUCAAGAUAUCCAUCUACAGAAGCGGUCCUUUGAGACACAUCUUGAAUGCCUCAUCCGAGCCACGAAUAUAGCUCAGGACCACUACGAUGACUUGCCGUUCCAGUCAUACCCGCUCGUUGCUGAGUACACGACCCAAUGGGCACAGUCAGAAUGCGAUAAAAUCCUGUUCUCCCCAGUUCCCAUUCCGCGAAGUGGCUGGCAUUGGUUCUGGAAAGCUUUGGUUGACCAAGCAGGGGCCGCCUUCUUUCGCUGCAAAGAUAUGGUCGACGGUCUAAUGAAGGCCAAGAAACAACGCCUCCAGAAGUCUUCCAGCAACGCGCAACAACUCACGCUCUCGCUACCAUCAGGCUUUCGCCUGGGUUGUAAUGAAGCGGAGUCCCUCUGCCACCUUUUGUUCUUGCCACUGCAGAGCCUUUCGACAUCUGGCAGUCCAUCCACCGAAGAGAUGAACCUGAUCGUCCUGGGACGCCGCCUUCUUCGGAUCAUCGACGUUUGCAAGCGCGUGAGAAAAUUGAUUGCUGUGGUGUGGUGGCUGGUCCCCUGGGUGAAUUUGAUGGUCCUUGCACUCCAGCUUAUUAUCUAUGGGUAA